GUUGGUGUGAAGUGUACGGGCUUCCAGAACUACGUUGAGGGUUCUACGGGUUCUAGAAGGCUCUGUUGGAUUGCUGUCUGUCUAUAAAUAUGUGACCCAAAGUGAAUGCAUUUCAUAGAAGAAAAAUCAGAAGUUUGAAGUGAACUACUAUAUUUGAAGGUCAAUCAAACAGCAAUGUCUGCCAAAGGACCAGCAAUCGGUAUCGAUCUAGGAACUACCUACUCCUGUGUCGGUGUUUUUCAGCACGGCAAAGUCGAGAUUAUCGCCAACGACCAGGGAAAUCGUACCACCCCGAGUUAUGUUGCCUUCACCGACAGUGAACGUCUCAUCGGAGAUGCUGCCAAGAACCAGGUGGCCAUAAAUCCAACCAACACAGUGUUUGAUGCAAAACGCUUGAUUGGAAGAAAAAGCAACGACCCAACCAUAGUUUCUGACAAGAAACAUUGGCCGUUUGAAAUUAUCGACAAAGAUUCACGUCCCAAGAUCGAGGUUGAAUACAAAGGGGAAACAAAGGACUUUUUUGCUGAAGAAAUCUCUGCCAUGGUUCUCACCAAGAUGAAGGAGACAGCUGAAGCUUACCUUGGGAAGACCGUGACUGACGCUGUUGUUACUGUCCCAGCCUAUUUCAACGACUCUCAACGACAGGCUACUAAAGAUGCUGGUGUCAUUUCUGGGCUCAACGUGCUUCGAAUCAUUAACGAGCCUACAGCAGCUGCUAUUGCAUACGGGCUGGACAAGAAAGUUGGAGUGGAACGAAAUGUUUUGAUCUUUGAUCUUGGCGGAGGAACUUUUGAUGUCUCUGUUCUCACCAUUGAAGACGGAAUUUUUGAAGUUAAGUCAACUGCUGGUGACACUCAUCUUGGAGGCGAAGAUUUUGACAAUCGCUUGGUAGACCACUUUGUGAAAGAAUUCAAGAGAAAAUUCAAAAAGGACCUUUCCGGCAACAAGAGAUCUAUACGUCGUCUAAGAACCGCGUGUGAGAGAGCAAAGAGAACCCUGUCUUCAAUUGCUGAAGCCAGUAUUGAGAUUGAUUCGCUUUUCGAGGGCGUCGAUUUCUACACCAAGAUCACUCGUGCCAGAUUCGAAGAACUCUGUGCUGACUUGUUCAGGAGCACAUUAGAGCCAGUUGAGAAAGCACUCUGUGAUUCAAAGAUGGCCAAAGGCGAUAUUCAUGAGGUUGUUUUGGUUGGUGGAUCCACUCGUAUUCCCAGGAUUCAGAAACUUCUCCAAGACUUCUUCAAUGGCAAAGAGCUCAACAAGUCCAUCAAUCCCGACGAAGCUGUAGCCUACGGUGCUGCAGUGCAAGCUGCAAUUCUUAAUGGUGACAAAAGCGAGGAGGUUCAAGACUUGCUGCUGCUCGACAUUACACCUCUGUCUCUUGGUAUCGAAACUGCUGGCGGUGUGAUGACAUCUCUAAUCAAGCGUAACUCAACCAUUCCAAAGAAGGAGUCGAAAACUUUUACUACCUACUCUGACAACCAGCCAGGUGUGCUUAUCCAGGUGUUUGAAGGUGAAAGAGCUAUGACAAACAACAACAAUCUGUUGGGGAAAUUUGAACUGACUAACAUUCCACCUGCACCUCGUGGAGUGCCUCAAAUUGAAGUGACUUUCGAUAUUGACCGAAACGGUAUUCUCAACGUGUCUGCUGUUGACAAAAGCACUGGCCGUGAAAACAAAAUCACCAUUACAAAUGACAAAGGGAGGCUUUCUGCUGAAGAUAUUGAACGCAUGGUUAAAGAAGCUGAAGAUUACAAGGCUGAGGAUGACAAACAACGUGAUCGUGUUGGUGCCAAGAACGGGCUCGAAAGUUACGCAUUCUCCAUGAAGAGCACAAUGGAUGAAGAAAAAAUCAAGGACAAGAUAACCGAAGAAGAACGCGAGACCAUUACAAAGAAGUGUAAAGAGGUCAUUGAAUGGCUGGACAGGAACCAGACUGCUGAAAAAGAAGAAUUCGAACACCAACAAAAAGAGCUUGAGCAAGUGUGUUCUCCCAUCAUCACCAAGUUGUACCAAGCUGGUGGUAUGCCUGAAGGUGGUAUGCCUGGUGGCAUGCCCGGUGGAAUGCCAGGAGGAUUCGGUGGACCAGGUGGCCCUGCAGACAGUGGUGACAACAGCAGUGGUGGACCAACAAUUGAAGAAGUGGAUUAAAUUCAAUCGGUCUAAAACUGUAACAUCCUAAGGAUAUUUAUUUUAUUGUUGUGAUUGUAAUUAUUAGUUGUUACAUGUACAUCUUUCGAAUUCCUUC